CGCGUCGCUCGCGCCGCAAAGCAAGACUCUUCAGCAAUGAGAACUAUAAGCAUCUUAACACUGACCUUUCUGCCAAUGACAGCCGUAGCAGCUGUCUUCAGCGGCACUGUGUUCAAUUUCGAAAACUGGGGUGUCCCAGGUCAGAGAGUAGCCAGUGAGGGGUGGUGGGUAUUCCUUGUAACUUGCAUUCUCGCAACGGUCGUUACUGUUGGGGCUUGGUAUGCAUGGCUGUACAAGUCAGAGAAGAAACUGGAUUGGGAGGAGGUGAAGGCGCGGAAGAAGGCGGAAGAGGACGAG